AUGCUACUCGAUACAGACGAACUGCUCGAAGAUGACAGACUGGAACUGGCGCUGCUAGAACUACUCGAUGACGCCGAUGAUGAUGAUGAAGAUGAGAAAGAUGAUGAAGACGAACUGCUGGCAGAUGAGGUAGCAGAAGCCAGACCUGCAGAGGACGACACUGAAGACGAUACUGAGGACGAGGAAGACGAAGAAAGUGAAGACGAGACACUGGAACUGCUUGACGACGAAGCGCUCGACGAUGAUGAAGACGAAGAUGACGAGGAAGAUGAUGAAGACGAACUGCUUGCGGAUGAGGUCACCGAAGCCAAACUUGCCGAGAAUGCGACUGAGGAUGAUAUGGAACUCGAAACGCUCGAACUGCCAGACGAUGAAGCGCUUGAGGACGAGGAGGAAGAGGAUGAAGAUGAUGAUGAUGACGACGAAGAAGAUGAUGAGGAUGAGCUGCUAGCAGACGAUGUGAUGGAAGCCAAUCUUGCCGAGGACGAGACUAAGGAUGAAAUGGAGCUGGAAACGCUUGAACUGCUAGAUGAUGAAGCGCUCGAGGAUGAAGAACUGCUCGAAGAUGAUAGACUGGAGCUGACAGAACUGCUAGAACUGCUAGACGAAGAUGAUGAUGAAGAUGACGAGCUGCUCGAAGCUGAUAUGGAAGCAACACCUGCCGAAGAAGAAGCUGAAGAUGAUAAUGAGGAUGAAACGCUGGAGCUGCUUGACGAUGAAGCGCUUGACGAUGAUGAGCUAGAUAGACUAGAGCUCACGCUAGAACUACUCGAACUUGACGAAGAAGACGAGCUGCUGGACGAAACAGAAGCCAAUAUAGAAGCUGCCCCUGCGGACGAUGAAAUUGAGGACGACAUUGACGAUGAACUUGAAGAACUGGCGCUUGAACUGCUGCUGCUUGAUAAAGAAGAUGAGUUGCUGCUACUAGCACUUGAGCUAGACGAGCUAGAACUUGAUGAAGAAGAACUGCUGCUUGAUAUCGAUGCAGUGAUUUGUGCUGCUAGGCUGCUGACUGAGGACGAGGUUGAUGAUGAGGCCGAAGACGAUGAACUCGAUGAUACCGAGCUUGAACUGCUCGAGGAAAGCGAACUACUUGAUGAUGAAGAUACGCUGGAUGAAGAACUGCUGAAACUCGAACUGGAAGAAGAUGAGGACGAUGCUGAACUGCGAGAAGAUGACAAAGAUGAAGACGAUGACGAAGACGACGAGGAUGAAGACGAUGACGAAGAUGAUGCACUGGAUGAUGAAGAGCUAGAGGACGAAGAGCUGGAUGAAGUCAAAGAGAUAUAG